AUGAGGAAGAACCAUACGCUGCUGCUGCUGCUGGCCACCAGCGGACUGCUCGACGGGCCGUGGCAGGCUGGCCGGGACCAGGCCGACCCGCGCCUGCUGCACGAGAUCCAGCGCCGGCUCGAGCCGCCCUCCCGGCUGCCCUACAACCUCAGCUACCCGCGGCGCGUCCGCUGGGGCCAGUCGCACCAGGUGUACGUCAUCCAGGCGCUCACCAGGAACAAGACGGGCGGCUUCUUCGUCGAGUCGGGCGCCUACGACGGCGAGCACAUGACCAACUCGCUGCUGCUGGAGCGCACGUUCGGCUGGAGCGGCGUGCUGAUCGAGCCGGCCGGCUCCAUCGUGCCCGCACUCCGAGCCAAGCGUCGCAAGGCCUGGGUCCUGCAGGCCUGCCUCAGUCACCUCGACACGGACCUCAAGGCCAUGUUCCGCGACGAGAAGAAGUGGGGCCUGACGACGGUGGAGGAUGGCAUGACGGCCGAGCGGCUGUCGGACCUGGCGCGCCAGCAGACGCACCCCAACAAGCUGGGCGACCGCUACCCAGUGCCAUGCUACCCGCUGUACUCGAUCCUGCUGGCGCUCGGCCGCACCAGCGUCGACUUCCUCAGCCUGGACGUGGAAGGCACCGAGAUGGGCAUCCUAGCGCACGUGCCCUGGCAUCUGGUGGACAUCAAGAUCCUGCUGGUGGAGAACUUCAUGACGUACCUGUGGAACCCGCAGACCGACAUGAUGCGCUGGUUCAUGGAGUCCAGGGGCUACCUGGCCAUGCGGCUGCAGCACGAUUGGCUGUUCGUGCGGCGCGAUUGCGAGUACGCCGCCGACGCCGCCGAUAUCGUGCGCCGCGCGCGCCGUCACAUCGCCAAGCUGCCGGACUCCACGGCCACCGACCCCUUUAACGACUGAGCGGGCCGCGGGACAGCGGCAGCGCGGCGCGGCGCGGCCGACAGAGGCUGUCGACACUCAGGGACGAACUGACACGACCUCAGGGAGCUCAGGGACCGGCGGGUGAGAGAGGGACCUCAGGGACCGACGGGUUGAGUGAGGACCUCAGGGACCGGCGGAGUGCGGCAGGGACCUCGGGGACUGGAGUGGGGGAAAGGACAUCGAGCAGCGGCGCGGUGCGGCGCCGGAGCGGGCUGUGCGGCGAGCAUGCCACGAGCUCGCCAGGCGCUGCUGAAUAGUACCCGUGAGCGAGGGCGGCGGCCGCCGCGGUCGAACUUGUUUUCUGGGCUGAGGCGCGGCCCCGAUGCCAGCCGUGAUGUGCUUCGAGGAGGCUCGCAGACAGUGGAUACAGUGCUGCAUACCGCGACCGAACAGCCUGUCGGUCUGAGCCUUGACAGCGUAUGCAAGCGGCGCAUGUACCGUCUUUCCCUUCACUUGUCAAACCCAUAAUCACGCUGGCUUGCCCAUUGCGCCCGCGCUCUUAGUGAAAUGCAUACAGCUGCCUUGCCAAAAUACAC